AAUAAAAAAAUAAAAAAAAAUCAAAGCAAAUGUUAGAGUCAUAGUAAGUUGCACCAUAAAUCAGGCACAUUCAAAUUACACCUUGCACUCACAUUAUUUAUUUAUUUUUAUUUGUGCAUUUACUGUUAGUUUAAAAGCAGUGUUGACCUAAUCAACAGAUUGGAUGUCAAGUAAACAGUACAACGGUCCUUAGGACCACUGUUAUUUUAAUGGUGGAUAUCCAAUCACUAUUAUUUUCCUGUGGUGUGGUCCACCUGAGAUUUAUAUUCCUAUCAUUUUUACACUAAAUACAAGCCGAUGCACUUUUUUUUGUCGAUUAUUGCAAAUUUGUAUACUACUAGGGAGCAAAAUGUCGUCUGGAUCGGGAAAAGGAGGAGCAAGGGACAUUGGGUGGAAACAUGGACGGCCAGUGGAGGGGAAUAAAUAUGGAGCCAUAUGCAACUAUUGUGGCCAAGUGAUACGGAGUGAGGGAGUGUCUAGGCUAAAGGAACAUUUGGCAGGGGGAUACAAGAAUGUGAAAGACUGUCCAAGUGUAACAAGGUCAGUGAGAGAGGAAAUGAGAAGAGUGAUGAAUGAAGCGAAGUCACGCAAGCUGCAGCAAAAGGAUUGGGAGAGGGAUAUGAGGGAGGAGCUACGAGGCACUGGACGGGGCCUAGGUGCUAUCGACGAGCACAAUGAUGACGACGAUGAGGUGAUCGUGUACCCCGGUGACUGUGUUACGGCUCGAGAAGGAGUGAUUUUAGACAAGUGAUUCGUGAGUCUCGGGCUUCAGAGUGGGAGGGAGAGCAAAGAAGACGAAUUGAUGAGAGUAGGCCGUCAUUUGGGGCAUCCCAACAUGAGGCUGGUGGGAGCAGCAGACGAUUUGAGGGAGGCAGUAGGCAUGGCCUACAACGCACGCAAAGCGCUCGUGUCCCAGAUGCACCCAUCGCAGGCGUUAAUCAAAAAAGAUUAAAAAGUGUGUGGAGUAAGGGGCUCAGGGAGAAAGUGGGUGGCGCUAUAUCUAGGUGGUUCAUCUCGAGCCAUGUACCAGCAAAUGCAGCAGCCAGUCCUCACUUCAAAAAUAUGAUUGAGGAGGUACAGCGUGCCGGGCCCGGCGUGAAGCCUCCCACGCCAUAGGAGAUUCUUGGCGUCUACCUCGAUCGGGAGCACGAAGAGAUGCAGGCUUGGGUACGUGGACUCCAGCCUAACUGGAAGCAGUAUGGGGUAACAAUCAUGUGUGAUGGGUGGACAGGACCCACGAAAUUGUCUAUUAUCAAUUUCAUGGUGUACUGUAGAGGACAACCGGUUUUCCUCAAAUCCAUUGAUGCAUCCGCUAGAAUAAAAGAUCACGAAUACAUAUAUGCUCUCCUGAAAAGAGUAAUUAAAGAUGUUGGGUCCCAGAAUGUUGUCCAAGUUGUGACGGACAAUGGCAGUGCGUUCGUUAAGGCAGGGAAGAAAUUAAUGAAAAAGUUCAAUCUCUAUUGGACCCUGUGUGCGGCACACUGCAUUGAUUUAAUGCUCGAGGAGAUAGGCCAGAAGGAUUCUGUCAGGAAAACCAUCCAGGAUGCGAGGAAAGUGACAAACUUUAUAUAUAAUCACUCAUGGUUGUUAGCUGCAAUGCGUGAGUGUUGUGGAGGGGACAUCGUUAGACUAGGUGCGACACGAUUUGCCACGAACUUCAUUGCACUCGACAGCUUAUACAGGCACUGCGUGGGUCUCAGAAAUUUGUUCAGAUCCGAGAGAUACAUGGAGUGGAAUCAGAGGAAGACUGAGGGUGCAAAGACCUGUUCAAAUAUAGUGCUUUCCGAUACCUUCUGGGAUAAAGUUCACCACGUCGUUUCCUUCCUGCAUCCUAUGUACAAGGUCCUACGCGCCGUAGAUAAUGAGAUGUGGCCUUCGAUGGGGUUAAUGUAUGAACUUAUGAGAAUCAUGAGACAGGGGAUAAUGACUGCAAUCCCCACUUCGUGUCAGUGGGUGAUUAAUAUCAUCGAUCGUCGAUGGAUUGGGACUUUUGAGCAUCCACUCCACCAAGCUGCAUACUACCUGAAUCCCAAAUUUCAUUAUAAACGUCGGCUCCAUGAGAAUCAAGAUUUGACAUUGGCUGUCCACGAGGCGUUCGAACGAUUGUUCCCAGAAUCAACAGCGCAAGCAGAUUUUGGUAACCAGUUGUUGCGGUUUAGGGAUGCGAGGGGUACAUUCUCAUCCGCACUAGCAAAAGCAUCGACUGAAACGAUGAUGCCAUGUGAGUGGUGGGCGAUGUACGGAGUCGACACGCCCGCAUUGCAGUUAUUGGCAGUCCAUGUUCUCGCACAAACUGUAUCCUCCUCACCGUGUGAGAGGAAUUGGAGCACAUGGUCACUCAUACACACCAGCAAGAGGAACAGACUAGCAUAUGAGAAGCUGCAAAAGCUCGUUUACUGCCAUUACAAUAUGAAGUUAAGAGAGAGGCAGUUGCAGGUAGACCGAGACAUGGAGGAAAAUCAAGACCCGUUAGACCUGUUGUCUAUAGGUAACAUGGCACAGAUAGGUGAUGAUGAUGAGGACCCACUUUAUGAGUGGGUCAAAUCAGCUGAUUUAGAUGAUGCGGAUGGAGGCCCUGCUCCACAGGUAGCCGAGGGAGCAGUGGCUCUGGGUAUCGAUGUCGAUCAGGUAGUAGAGGAACAGAAGGCAGAUACAGACUCAUUUGAUCCUUUGGUGAGGCGUUCAGCACGUUCCAAUCAGGGUGAGGAAGCAUCUUCACGGCCCCCUCCUCAUCAUCAAGUCAUAGUGAGUGAUGAUGAUGAGACUCAACCCCCACGUGACACUGGUCCUGGGGACGACGACGACGACGACGACGACGGUGAUGAGGGAGGGGACAGAGGCACCAGCACUAGUAUAGGUGGUACUAGUGGGGAUGGGGGUGGCAGUGGUGGGGGGUACAGGACGGCUCAGAGUCAACGAUCCGUUGGCCAGUUCACUGAGGAGCAGAGCUUUGACCAUGCCACUCAGGACGAGGAUCAUGGAUCUCGUCCACCAUCUAGGGCGAGAGCAUCAGAGCCCAGAUAUAAGUUCGAACGUCGUUCGAAGAAGAAAGUCGAACGCGCCGCGGCUGAUGCUCUCACACGCAGCUUGUCAUCUAUGGACAUAAGUUCAGAUCAGGGGAGCUCCACCUCUGUCCCACCUUAUGCUCAUGGGGGAUAUCAUGGGUAUGGCCAUGACAACUCUGACAUUCAGUCACGCUCUUCUACCCAUGGGUACAGGCAGCCGGAAGAUAGUUCUUCGAGUCAUGACCCUUUGACAGGAGGAUAUCCGGGGUACCCGUAUGACUGGCAGCAAUACUAUCAAGGAGUCGGGGUUGGACUUGAUCUGUUCCCUCAGUACCCUGCUCAGGAAAUGCCGUCGAUGUAUGUCACGCAAUUCUCACGUCUGGGCGUACUCGUACAGUUUGGGGAGGAUGAUUAUCAGAGGUACAUAAGAGAGUUCCUCAAUUGGUAUGAGCAGAGGAUGACCUGA